AUGUCUGAAGCCGACGCUCCCAAAACUGCUUUUUCCAUCCCACAAGGACACUUUGAAUUUGCGCGGAUGCCAUUUGGGCUCAAAAAUGCCCCUUCCACGUUUCAGAGGUUGAUGAAUUCCGCUCUAUCAGGCCUGCAAGGGCUACAAUGCUUUGUUUAUUUAGAUGACAUCGUAAUCUACUCAUUUGAUCUCCAAAAACAUAUGAAAAACCUCUCAAAUGUCUUUGACAGACUCCGACAGUUUAACCUCAAACUUCAGCCAGACAAAUGCGAAUUUCUGCGCAAGGAAGUUUCUUAUCUCGGUCACAUAAUAACUGACGAAGGCGUCAAGCCAAAUCCCGAAAAAACCAGAGCAGUCCAAGAUUUUCCCCAACCCAAAUGUCCUAAAGACAUUAAAUCCUUCAUGGGAUUAGUGUCCUACUAUCGUCGUUUUAUACCUAACCUAUCUAAAAUUGCUAAACCCCUUACAAACCUCUUAAAGAAGGAUGUUCCGUUCAUUUGGCAACAUGAACAACAGUUAGCCUUUGAAACUCUAAAAAAUAGCUUGAUAUCCGCACCUAUACUUGCUUACCCUGACUUUAACCAACCAUUCAACCUCACAUGCGACGCAUCUAACUAUGCAAUCUCCGCUAUCUUAUCACAAGGGCCUAUAGGAAAAGACCGCCCUAUCGCUUUUGCUCCUCUAACAAUAGAUGAUCUAGGUAUCCAACUCCCUUCGACAUCCAAUGCUGAUAGUGACAGCCUACCCAAUAUCGAUCUUUUAGAAAACGAUGAAAUGCUGAUUCCUGCUACUAGCCCUGAGAAUGAGACCAACUCACCUGCGCAAAAUCUUUCACGCUUUUCACCUCUUCAAGGCGCUUCAAAUUCUAACACUGACUACAACGACUUCCUGAAAACUUUCUCAAACAAAAAUGAAAACUUCAACACUCAUAUAAAGGAACACAAUGAAAGUCUCCUUAAGAGUAAUUCUAAAGCCAUCUUAAUCCCUGUAUCAAUCGACUUCGAUGAAUCAAAUCCAUAUCUCCAAGACAUUCUGUCCACACUACCCGACACUACCAAUAUCCUGAAUUCAGAAAGAGAACUACAUUCGUUUCAAAAAAUCGAAAUUAAAAACAAGAUAUACUAUCUUUUAUUUACUAAAGUCUACUAUUUCGACGACUGUACAUAUCCAGAUAUAUUCAAAACUCUCAAAACAGCCCGAGACGAUAUCUUGCUUUCCGCGAACAUUGGAGAAAUAGCCAUAUCUGACUUUAAAAGUCUCUUCGAACAACAUUCCUUUGUUAAAAUAUAUGGCAUGCUUAUGUACUUAUUUAAUAAUACUAACAUAACAGUAAAUAUACACCAUAAUACCAUCCUAUAUCCUGUUCCUUCCGAGAUCACUAAAAUCCUUAAAGAAAACCAUGAUAUCCCGAUUGCAGGACAUCUGGGCUCAAAUAGAAUGUAUAAUAGAAUCAAAGAACGAUAUUACUGGAAGAAUAUGCGUACAGAUAUAGAAAAUUAUGUACAAAACUGUAAACUAUGUCAAUCAAACAAAGCACUGAGGAAGAUCAACCAAUCACCCAUGCAAAUCACGACUACCGCUACACGCCCAUUUGAAAGAAAUAGCCUCGACAUAGUUGGCCCUUUGCCUGAAGCUGGAUUUCAAAAACUUAAAUUCAUACUUACUCUUCAGGAUGAUUUGACCAAGUUUUCCAUUUCAUACCCAAUAUCAAACGCUACAGCAGAAGAAACCUGCGAAGGUUUAGUUCACUUUAUUUCCCUAUUUGGUAUCCCUAAAACCAUAUUAACAGACCAAGGAACUAAUUUCACUGCCGAAUUAUUUAAACGCACAUGCGAGUUCUUAAAGAUUAAACAAAUUUGGUCAUCACCUUACCACCCUCAAACGCAAGGCGCUUUAGAAAGAAGCCAUUCAACUUUAAAGGAAUAUUUGAAAUCUUAUGUAAAUGAAAAUCAGACAAACUGA